UUAUAUUCCAUUACUACCAGUAUCAAAGUUUACUAUUAGUAAUUUUAGAGUAAUUUCCCUCUAGAUUAGUGUAGGUCAGUGUACUUUCUUUGUUUAUCGCCCGGUUAGCAAACAGAGGUGGGCAGUUUAUGAACUCUACCUAUAUGUAGAAGUGCACGCAUAGUAUGCAAGUGCGAUGCGAUUUGCGACUGUGCAGUGCGAAAUUGAUUGGCUGUGUACCGAUCUAGAUGAGGGCACCUCCCGAACGUUUCGCUAAAAUUUAACAGUUUUGAUUAAUGUAAAUCAAUUUCAAUUAAUCUCAGUUCAUUAAAUGAAGCGCAACAUGAUGAUCUUGCUCUUGAUGAGCAUACUGUGGGACGCAGCGAGCGCUACCGAGGAGUGCGAGCGCGCUCCGUCCCACGCGCAGCCGGCAGACGCCUUCUACCGCUUGGGGAUAGCCGGGGAGCCUGACCUGUUCUUGCCAGGAGAACUUUAUACCGUCUCGCUUCAAGGAGUGGACAGUGGACAAGGUUCCACUCCAUUCGUAGGUUUCAUGAUCUGGGCCGAAUUAGACGAGGAGCAAAAAAAUGAAAGUCUAGACAACUUGACCACCAAUCAGCCGCAGCAUCUGGGCUCGUUCCAGGCGUACGAUGCGCAGACCAAGCCGCAUGAAUCCUGCAAGCCUGCUGUGGAUAAUGCCACUGCCCAUCCUAAAACUGAGAUACAGGUUAUUUGGAGUGCACCUAUGAAAGCAGGUGAGGUUUGUGUGCGACUAUGCGCUCGUGCUUCUCCGGCUACAACGGCGGUAAAGGAAGGGGCUACAGGACCUACAGUAGAGGCAGUAUCUGCAGGAGCAGCUAGCUCUACUAUCCAACGCAGUAUACUGGCGCGGAAGAUUUGCGCUGCCCCGGCUGCUCCUGCAAGCUUCGUAAGGCAGCCGCCCAUUGUGGAGCCCUGCUGUGCUUGUGAUGAGGCAAAAUAUGAGGUGACAUUUGAGGGUCUAUGGUCUCGGAACACGCAUCCCCAUGAGUUCCCACCAGAGACGGCACAGGCGCACUUUGGUGACGUAAUCGGUGCAUCACACACCGCUCAGUACCGCGUGUGGCAAGAGGGACGCAUCGCCAGCGCGGGCCUGAGAAAACUCGCUGAGGACGGCACCACCACUAUGCUCGAAAAGGAACUCAAGGCUGAGAGCGAUCGCAUCCGCACAAUAAUUAAGGCUCGAGGCAUAUCUUGGCAACAAAUUUCCGGAGCUGGCAUCCCAAACACUUUCGCCGUGUUCCGUGUGGAUGCCAAGAAUCAUCUGGUGACGCUUGCCUCGAAGCUGUGGCCGUCUCCAGAUUGGAUCGUGGGCGUUUCGGCCUUGGAGUUGUGCAAUGCUAACUGCACCUGGUCUCAUUCUGCUACCUUGCCGCUGUACCCUUACGAUGCAGGGACUGAUAGUGGUAUCACUUACACGUCCCGUCGUUCUCCGACGCUGCCCCCUUCCCCGGUACGUGCCCUGCGGCCUGAUUGGCCACGCGACCCUCGCUCACCAUUCUACAGCGCGACGGGCGAGAUGAAGCCCUUCGCUAGGCUCCGGCUCACGAGGCUACAGCUCUUUGAAAAGAACUGCGAUGCAGCUAAGACUAGCAGCGACACAGGGGCGCAGUCCAUCUCCCACAGCGGUGGCAGCGGCGGGGCCUGCUCUACGCACGCUUGGGGCGCCUGGAGCCCCUGCAGCGUGUCAUGCGGACCAGGCCGGGCCUCUAGGCAGCGUGAGUACGUGUGGCCUUCGCGGGCUUAUGCCGAGGCCUGUCGAGUGCCGCUGACCGAUUACAAGCGGUGCCAUGGCCCGAGGAUGCACUGCAGGGUGAUAUCGGAAUACGAGCCGGACCCAGCGGAGUCUACCGGCCCCUGCGCCAUGUCGCCCUGGUCGGAGUGGUCGCCGUGCGAAGGCUGCGGCGUGCGCGCCCGCACUCGACACUACGUCGUCCCGCGCGCGCACAAGCGCUGCCACAUCGGCUUCCGAGCGCGCACCAUCACCAGCCAGGCCAUGCCGUGUGACGCUGGACCUUGUCACAAGCCUCCCAGUCAGGCGAACGCUACCAAUCACGAUUGGUUCUUUGUGGACGAGCCCAGCUGGCCGUGCAAGGUGACGACGUGGGGCGAGUGGUCGCCGUGCUCCGCGCGCUGCGGGCGCGGGCGACGGCUGCGCACGCGCUUCUACCUCAACCCGGAUACUAAUGUGCAAGGAGAGCUCACGCGCCGCUUGCUAAAUAGCUGGAACCGACGGUUCGCUGAGCUGCAGCAGAUCCAAAUACCGCCAGAGAACAACACAGGUGUGGACCCAGAAGUAGAGCGGCAGGUUCAGGAUCAGAUGGAGAAAUGCCAGUUCACGCUGUCCCAGCAGGAGGCGCUGUGCGACGGAGAAGAUACCAGUUGUUUUGCCAACGCCACAGAAGGUACAUCUUAUUUUACAGAAAUCUGUAAGCUACCAUUACUUGUGGGUCACUGCCGGAGCUACGAAGAACGCUGGUUCUAUGAUUCAUCAACCGGCGUUUGCGAGCCUUUUGGGUACACGGGUUGUGGAGGGAACGCCAACAAUUUCCGCUCCAGGAAAGUCUGUCUCAGCACUUGUGUGCGCGAUAACCAAACCACUACGACCACGACUUCCACUACAACAACGACUGCUCCUCUGACUACAGUAUCGUCUACGACGUCUGACGUGAUCAUAAAGAAGUUGAAACCGACUACAUCAGCGUCAUCUGAAGAUAACGAAGUUUUGCAAAACGAUGGGCCAUAUUAUUACGAUGACUUUGAUGUGAAGUGCAAAAUAGGCCCGUGGUUGGGUUGGAGUCACUGCUUUGGGGAGUGCGGCUACGGUGUCAAGCUCAACUAUCGAUUGAUUAAGUUCGGCGCUCCAAAAACGGGGAAGCAGUGCAAGAAGUUGAUGAAGAGUCGCGUGUGCAAGCCGGGCCACUGCCGCAAGCUGGUGGCCACGCCAGCGCCUAUUGCUCCGGGGCAAGACAUCGUCGAAGAGCUCACGUAUGAGAUACUAAGCUAAAUAGAUACCCUCUAAAUCAUACGACCGAAUUGACCUUCUUUUUUGAAGUCGGUUAAAAGAAACGCAAAUAUUUACGCGCUUUUGCGUUACACGCGUGGAGUCAUUGAGAUGGUUCGUUUCAAGGAAGAAGAGUUGGCGAAAUUAAGCCAAGCAGUCGGUGGAUUACAGGAUUUUUGAAGUACUACACUAUUGAAUGUCAUAGACAAGGAUUUUUGAAACUAUUGAAUGUUAUCGAAAUAGAGAUUUACAUAUUGAAUUAAUAAUACAAAUAAGAAGUAGUUUUUGUCUGUCUGUAAGGGAUCUAAAAUCUACAUAAGUGAGUCUGGAUCUGGAUAUAAGCAGCAAACAAUCCUAUAUGUGGUGAUUUGAGACUCAAUUUGCUGUUGGCUAAUGCCUGCGCCAUCGAUUCUAUGCGGAGAAGAAUACGGAGAAAGAAGUGGUUUUACAUAAUAAUUUAAUACUAUUAAAUAGGUCUAUAAUAUAAUACUUUUAGAAAAAUAUACCUUCUUAAGAAAAAUAACUAAAAGAGGACUUCACAGAACACUCAAAGUUAAAGAUUUCCCGUAAUGUCCCGAUGCAUUUAUUAAAUAGUUUCGAAAGAUUUUAACGUCAUGUAGCGUAUAAUAAUAAUUUAUAAUAAAUAACUCUUAAGUAAAUGAGCAGAAAAACAAAGGAAAUAAAAAGUUAGAUUUUCCAUUUUAUUAUUUUAACUAAGCAUUAUUAUUUGUACACAAAACACCUUUACUUUCAUCAUUACAAAUUUUCUUACACUAAGUUUCUACCUAGCUCCUUAUAAUACUGUCUAGGAACAUCACAGUCGCUUUGUAC